CUUCAGCGCUGAUCCCAGCAGUUUGAUGUCGGCCAGCCCACGAGAUCAAAAAGUCGAGUAGGAUUUUUUUGGAAGAGCUCAACCUUCUGCAGCCCAUUCAGAUCUAUAACGAAGGCAAUUAAACCUGUCUUGGGCAUCGCUGCUUGCAAAACCUCUUGUUCAACUCUCCAAAUCUUGAGCAUAAUUUCUAAUGUCUUCUUUAAAGCUCCUUAGCCAACUUCGGUGGUUCCGAUUCCUUCCGAGAAAUCUUUCCAAUUUCAGGCUUUUCUCUGAUGUUUCUGAACCUCAAAUCAAUAUUGACCCCAAAUAUAACAACAUGUUCAACAAGGCUUCUUCAACUCCCUCUUCUUUGAAGGAACCCGAACUCGCCAAGUUCUCUGCCAUUGCCGAUACUUGGUGGGAUUCUGAGGGACCAUUUAAACCAUUGCAUAAAAUGAAUCCUACCAGGCUAGCUUUCAUCCGCUCUACUCUUUGUCGACACUUCGGAAAGGAUCCUCUCUGUGCUAGGCCUUUUGAAGGACUAAGGAUUAUUGAUGUUGGUUGCGGUGGUGGUAUUCUUUCAGAGCCCUUGGCUCGAAUGGGAGCAAUUGUCACUGGAAUUGAUGCUGUAGAGAAAAACAUCAAGAUUGCCCGUCUUCAUGCUGAUUUGGAUCCAACAACAUCAACUAUUGAGUACGAUUGUACAACAGCAGAAAAGCUGGUUGAUGAACAGAGACAGUUUGAUGCAGUGAUUGCUUUAGAGGUGAUUGAGCACGUAGCAGAUCCUGCUCAAUUCUGCAAGUCUCUCGCUGCAUUAACUGUUCAGGAUGGGGCUUCUGUGGUUUCAACAAUUAACCGCUCUAUGAGAUCAUAUGCAACUGCCAUUGUUGCAGCCGAGUACCUGCUCCAGUGGCUUCCUAAAGGCACGCACCAAUGGUCAAGUUUCCUUACCCCAGAAGAACUUACCAUGAUUUUAAAGCGUGCAUCCAUUGAUGUAAAAGAGAUGGCCGGAUUUGUUUACAACCCCUUAACUGGGAGGUGGUCUCUAUCAGACGAUAUUAGUGUAAAUUUUAUUGCUUUUGGUACCAAGGAAAACUAAUGAAGAAUUGUGUAUGUCCUAUUUAAUCAGGUCUUUCAUCAAAAUUUUUACUUGUAAUUUAGAGAUCUGUGAUUUGUUUCUGUCUUAGCGUUUUAAUAAACAAUGCAGUCAAAAUCCCUUGUUUCCAGAGUUAAGGAUGAGCCGAGAGCAAAGUGAUUACAAUUUGCUAAGUCCAUAUUAAAGGUUUUAUUUUUUUGGUGCAGAAAGUUAUUAGUUGUAUUCAAAUCUUGGC